AAGUAUAGUAUACGAUAUUACAAUAAUUUAUGUUUUUGUUGUUGCAGGGAUGAGGGGUAACUGAAGAUGGCCUCACCGACGCCCUCACUGGAAUCCUUACCUCGAGCUAACUCAAUCGGAUCGUUCGGCGACCAGCACGAUUACCUCUCCUUGUCGCCUCUGGCGGACUCGCCCUUGUCCGUCAGCGGAUCUUCGCCUCCUGUGAGCGACUCUGUGGACCGCGAUAGCGACCCAUCGGACCUCCAUUGCCAACAGUGCAGGGAAACGGUAUCAGCAGAUUCCAAAUUACUCGCCUGCUUCCACACGUUCUGCAACCCCUGCUUAGAGAAGAACAAGUUCGUUUGUCCGCGCUGCAAUUCGGAGUCGAUCGAAGGUAUCCUGAACAGCUUGCUGUUCAACUGCGACACGACCAACAGCGAUUUCCAUUCUCCAGCCGCAGUCCGUUGCACCGGUUGUAAGCACAAGAAACUCGACGCGGUUGCCCGCUGCGUUGAUUGCGCGAACUACCUCUGUUCCAACUGCGUCAUGGCGCACCAGUUCAUGCACUGCUUCGAAGGCCAUCGGGUAGUCAACCUGAACGACAUCAAAGAGGAGCCCAAAAACGGCCUCAUCUCCAGCCCAGAGAAGAACAUGAUCUGCCCUAGACACAAAUCCGAAUUACUCAAGUACUACUGCCGUACCUGCGCGGUGCCCAUUUGCAAGGAGUGCCUCAGCCUGGACCACCCUGUAGGCCUCCACGAGUACGAGCAUAUCAAUGACGCUGCCCCCAAACAGAUUGAGGCCAUUCAGCAGGCCGUGACUGAAGCCAAGAGCAAGGCGACUGACGUUAGGAACAUACUAAAAAAUGUCGAACAUGUAUCCAGUCGGUUGCAAGUCCAGUACCACAAAGCCCAGAACGAAAUCAACGACACAUUCCUCUUCUACAGGUCUAUGUUGGAAGAACGGAAGCAGGAAUUGCUGAAGGAAUUGGAAAGCGUGUUCAGUUCCAAGCAGAUUUCCCUGGGGGUGGCCACGCAGAAAGGCCAAGAAACUGUCGAACAAAUCUACAAAACAUGCGAAUUUGUUGAAAGACUUAAUAAAUGUGCAAACGUUGUUGAAAUUUUAAUGUUUAGGAAACUGUUAGAUGCUAAAUUACAAAGUUUGUUAAGCUACAAUAUCGACCAAAGCGUGCAAUCCGCUGGGGAGUUAGAGUUCGUUUCCAACUAUCAGGCCAUACAAGUCGGCGUCAGGAACACGUUUGGAUACGUGCGCUCUAACUCCGAGUCAGUGGUAGGCCCUAGCAAACAGCCACCCAUAGCUCGACCAACUGGAGGCAGCGGUGGGAGCAGUGGUGGCGGAUCCAGUUCCAGCGGGAGCAGCGUGAACGGCAGUUCCGGCAGUUUGAACGGUGGCAGCAAUGGCAUUCACUGCCCCUUCCAAGUCUCUGGAACUAACCAGUCAACCUCACCGUUCGAAUCGAACAUUAUCAGUAAACGUUUCAGCAGUGCUAACAGUCUGGGACCGUUCACCACCAUCGGGGAUCUGAAUCUCAAUGGGAUUAACCCCUAUGAAAAGUGGUCUAACGGGGGUACCACCGAUAAUAUCUUCCAAAAUGGCACCUCCGACCCAUAUGCACUGACCAACACCACCCAUAACGAUCCCAUGCUCGACCUAACCUCCAAAUUGAUGUCCACAGCCAUAUUCCCGCCAAAAUCGCAGAUCAAGAGACAGAAAAUGAUCUACCACUGCAAAUUUGGUGAAUUCGGCGUCAUGGAGGGACAGUUCACAGAACCAAGCGGUGUUGCUGUCAACGCACAGAACGACAUUAUCGUCGCUGAUACGAACAAUCACAGAAUCCAAAUCUUUGACAAGGAAGGUCGGUUCAAGUUCCAGUUCGGUGAAUGUGGAAAACGAGAUGGACAGUUACUGUAUCCCAAUAGAGUCGCAGUUGUUCGAACCUCAGGUGACAUCAUCGUCACGGAGAGAUCGCCAACGCACCAAAUACAAAUAUACAAUCAGUAUGGCCAGUUCGUGCGCAAAUUCGGCGCCAACAUCCUGCAGCAUCCUCGCGGCGUCACCGUGGACAACAAAGGGCGCAUCGUUGUGGUUGAGUGCAAAGUGAUGCGGGUGAUUAUUUUCGACCAGACGGGCGCUGUGUUGCAAAAGUUCGGAUGCUCCAAACACCUGGAGUUCCCCAACGGAGUCGUCGUCAACGACAAACAGGAGAUAUUCAUCAGUGACAACCGGGCGCAUUGCGUCAAAGUAUUCAGCUAUGAAGGCGUGUACCUCCGUCAAAUAGGCGGCGAAGGAAUCACAAACUACCCGAUCGGUGUCGGAAUCAAUGCCAACGGCGAGAUCCUGAUCGCAGACAACCACAACAACUUCAACCUGACCAUCUUCACCCAGGACGGUCAACUGGUCUCAGCACUGGAAAGCAAAGUGAAGCACGCGCAGUGCUUCGACGUCGCGCUCAUGGACGACGGCAGCGUGGUGCUGGCCAGCAAGGACUACCGUCUCUACAUCUACCGCUAUGUCCAGGUGCCCCCUAUCGGUCUAUAGACGAAUCUCCAGCGGGCACGCUCGUCUGCCAUUCCCAACACUUUUUGUUGACGCAUUUCUGAAUGGAGUGGUCAGAUGCUGGGCUGUUGAUCCGCAUCGUCGGUUCUAGUUCACUCCGGAAUCGAAAUUCCUAGCUAGUAGCGGGAAAGAAGCCUGACCUUGGACUAACAGGGAUGCUGGACUCUGAUGGUUUCUCUUUUUCUUCCUCAUUUGCAUGUAGCUACCACAAGGUAAUUUAAAAUCUUAUCGGGCGCCAUCUAUCGGGUAGAUUUCACCACGACACUGCUGCUACGAAUCUCCCCAAGAGAUGACAUGCCGUAGGAUGGUUUCAAAUGUUUGCUUCCAAGGAUUUAAGGAGCAUACGAAUAUAAAUAUUUUUGAUAUGUUGCAGUAUAACAAAACAUUUUAUAGUUAUGGUUCAAUUAGUUUUUUUCAAUUUUUCACCAAGUCAUAUUUUGAUUGGGUGAGAAACAAAUGACAUUUUUGUAUAUUUGUAAUUUUUUAAUUCAGUUUGAAAUCAACUAAUUUACAUUUAACUUAAACUAUAAGAUGAGUUAUUAUUAUUCAACACUAAUGCCUGUUUGAAGGAUGCAUAUUUCGCGCAUCAGAAACCCGCUUGCUUGCGUCGCAGCAUAUUUUUCGUGCAGCUUUUGUCGAAUAUGGAAGAAUGAAUGAAACCUGGAGGAGUUUUUUAUACUCGCUCGGUUCAAGGUCAUGCCUUUAGUUAAUCGAACAUCAAAAACUUCGUCCUUUGAGACAAACUCUCACUACGACAUUCCAUUGUGAAGUAUCGCUCAAUGGCUCGCUUAUUGAAAUUAAUUUUUUACGGUAGUAGUUUAAAAAUGUAGUGCCUUGGGGUUUAGCUUGAUGACAUUUUCAAGGUUACGUUGAGACUGGUUUUGUUUCGAAUCGCUCUACGAUUCGAUUUGACGUGAUUCUAGCUUAUUAUUAUUCUUCGCCUUCGGUAGAUAAUUUAUCUGAAUGUUGUAUAUUUUUAGUAUUUCUUGACAAUGCGGUUACAGUAGAUGUAAGUAUAAUCCUGAGCAAUUUUAUUAUUGAUAUGUACGAACUAAGGUGAUUGAGCCAAUCGGUAUGUAGUGUUGGGUAGGAUAAUAUCUGGGCAGUGAUACUUUUUCAGAAUUUUUUCUAUUGUAAUGUCUCUUAAAACCUGGUGCAGCAUGCUCGGUUUAUGAAGUAAUUUAAUGAAUUUUUGUAAUUGUUCAACAUAUAAGGAAGACAAGUUGAGUGUAUUGUGGGGCGUCUCACAAUGCUGUUGCUUUUACUUAGUAAUUUAUCUUCAAUUGUAACAUUUCUCUAUUUGACAAACUGUCAAGACAUCGCUUCAGAAGAAAAUAUCACAUGCCAGAUGUUUGCUUCCGAUAUGACGGUCGACUUGUUGGUUGCUUAAUCUUGAGCGAUAUUUUACAAACCUUUUGCAUGUCUCAUAGGACGAAGUUCCUGACGCGUAGUGAACGAUGGACAGAUUGGAUUUCGAUUUGGUGAGUAGACAUUGGUAGGACGAUGUAUUAUUUUUUUAAAGUUGUCAAAAUUGUAACGAUACUUAUCGUCAUAGUUUUGUACGUGUUUCACAUGUUGAUAUUUUUAAUAUUUAAACGUUUGACGAUGCGCAAGCUGGACAUCAUCGCUUCAUCGGCGCGCUGUUGCCCAAUUUAUCCAGGAAAUAAAGGCCUAAGAAUCUUCCGAGAUUGACAGCAACUUGUUGACGUAUCAUAAUGUCAUUGUCAACAAAGGUUUGCAUACCGAAACGUGCUUGUUUCCUGGAGUAAAUGUUGAAUGACCAAAUUUAUCAAUUUUUAAAAACAGGGAUAUUAUUAUUAUUCAGAUUAGAAAUGUUAACCACGCACCUAGGUUGGUGCCUGGGCCAUUGUUGUAUUUAAAUUGAGCAGUUUCCGAUAUCUAUUUUAAUAUGACGCGUGUAUGAUGUUGUGUAUGUUCUUAGAGAUAGCGCCUUGUUGUUUGCGGACAGCCGCGUUGUUACGGACCCUAGUCAACCACGAACUGUACUUUGUAUUAGCUAUUUUUAUUAUUGUUCUAUCGUAUAUCCCUUGACUGUGGAUGUUUAUUGAUAUGAUACUACGAUUAUUACAACACUCUCAGACCAGUCAGUGGAAACUUACAGUGUUUCCCCAAAGCCUAGACAUCUAAAAUUUGACAGUUGUAGAAACAUAGUUCGCUACCUUGAUCUCUUACGUGGUACUUCUUUUCCCAAAAUGCGUUUCAAAUUUUCUAAACCAACAUUGUUCGGCAUCUUUGACAAAGAUCAAAGAAAAUACGUUCGUUACCCAUAAUAAAGUUGUUUUAUGAUGUAUACACUUAUUGUCAUCGUAUCGUACAACCACGCUGUCGAGGUGAAUCAUAAAUCAUUCUAUGAACAUUACUUACACUUUCAUCCUUGGGCUAGGAAUACGGAAAUGAAUGAAAAUGCAAUCGAUAAAAUCUAACGGGAAAUAAUCGCGAAGAAUUACUAUCUAGUGUCUGUAUUUGUUUAAUGAAAUUGUCGUAGUUUUAAAAAACAAGACGCGAGAAUGGAGCAUUUUCAUUUAGAAAAUAUUGUGAUGGAUGUGCGCAUUAUGAUAUAUAUUUUCUAUACUUGAGAGAUAUCGAAAAUAUGGAAGCUACUAUCAGGAGUAUAACUACAUUAAGGGGUAGUGAUCAGUAACCACCUUACAGGUUUAUCUUAGUUUUCACGGAAAAUCUGCUCAUCAAUCCAUAAAAACGUAAAAUUUUUAGCUUUUACUAAACCAACGUAUCAGUAUGGUCUGAAAAACUACUAAAACCAAGUGGAGAGAAUGGCAAAAAACAAAAUAUCAUCUACGCUUGCAUCUUCACGGUUGUGGUAAAGUUGAUGUCUCAACUCUUAGAUAUUGAGAAGCAUUGGCAAGUUAAAUGCUUGAAAUCUAUAAUCGUCAAAUUUCAGAUGCCUGGACCUUUGACAUAUAAGCACAGUCCACUGCUUGGCCUAACUUAAUUAUAUAUUAUAACGAUGUAUCGACUACGUGCCGUGCCGAUUUUGAAUUGUACCGCCGCUCGGGCUAAACUACCGUUCGGCAAUUGUUUAUUACGUUUAAAUUUAGUUCUGUUACGAUUAUUUGUAUUAUUAUCGUCAUUAUUCACACAGACCUUUUUCUAUUAGUAAAAUGCAAGUGUGGUGCAUGCAAUAUCCCCUUCACCAUCUUUUAUAAUUUUUUAUUAGUUGUAGUAGUUUUUUGUAGUAAUAUAUUUGUUUGUUGAUGCUGCCAAGUUUAAGAUAGCGGACGCGAGUGCCAAGCAUGCGCACUCUUGUUCUGGGCGUUCUUUCCCGACUGGCGUUAAAGUCUUAACAGCUACAGUGUUUUCGUUUGCUUCGGGCAUUAAUAAGUAAUCAGAAGCAUUGUUGCUGUGUAAGAUAUGGACGCAAGUUUUUUCGCCAUUCAAGACUAUAAACGUAGCUAGGUUUUCGUUUCAUUGUUUUGUGCCUUCGAGAGCAAAUCACGGUGCCACGUUUAGUUUAUACGAUUUAGAAACACACCUUAUCACCUUUAGUAUUACUAUGACAUACCUGCGUACGUGGAAGCGUAUUAUUUUUAUCAAAACGCUUAUCCAUUCCACCACUUUUUGUUAGUACUGUUUUGUUUUUAUUUUAAUGUUUAAGAUGAAAUCGGACAAGCGACGGAGGGUUGGUGCCUAAAAUAAUUUAUAUACGAGUAUUUAGUAUAUUUUUGUUGAAAGACGUGAAAAUUUCUAUUGGUACAUACAUAUGUACGUCGUGAAAGAUUAUAAACAAUUGUAAUUACGAAGUUGUCUGACUGAGCUGUAAGUUGCAGCACGAGUGGAAGAUUAAAACCUGUGCACGAAGCAAGAGGGCGUCCGUGAAAAGAUUAAAGCAUCUCAGUAUUCCAUAACGUUUUUUCUGAGUGACGCCUGGAGUGAUUCUCUGACGUUUGUUCGUUCAUCUGCCUAUUAUACGACAUUGCAUAUAUUUUUAUAGUAUAGUUGACGAGUUAUGUUUUAUUUUUUAACUAUUUUAUUUUACUUAUACCCUGAUUAGUUCUCGACGGUGUUUUUACAGUAAUUUAUAUCCUAUUAUUUAUAUUCAUACUUGUUGUUUUUGAGAUCCGGAGGCGACGAACGAACGCAUUUUUGUCUGAGGACUGAGCGAUCUCAAUCCUAAAUACCAGUCCUCGGAGAGCUCCCUGUGGCACUCCGGCUUGUAUCCUGUUGCUCUCUUGAUACCCAUCUGAUCACGUCGAUUAUGUUGUUUUCGGUGACUUGUUCAAAGCACACUAUAUUUUUUCUUAUAUACGUCGGAAUAGCCUUGGAUGGGUAUCUUGACAUAUGACAGUUGACUUUGCCGUUUAGUGCUACACGGCACUCAUUUUUUACUACAUUUUUUAAACUUGUUGUUAUUAUAUAUUAAUUUAAUGGUAAAAUUGUUCUUUAAAUUAAAUGUACAUUGUUUUGUUUUUCUUUGAUUUUUUGUUGUAAAUGCUUUUUUUAAUUAAUAAUACCAGUUCUUUGCAGUUUUCAA